UAGGCCGACAUGUACACACAAUAAUCGCCAGUCGUCGUCGGAAAUCCAUCCAGCACAGAACCAACCAAUGAUGCACCGUCCUCGUCUGUGGAAUAUUAAGCGGGCAUCGAUCCUCUUUAGCGUCGCCCUGCUGCUCUAUGUGUUCGUGUUCUCCAGUGGCUAUCAGAAGUACCAGAUCGAGGGCAUUAUCAAGCGGAGCCAACCGGAAAAGGUCUGGGAGUAUGUGGCGGAUUUUAACAAGAUGCGGCUGCUGAACCCCACCAUCUUGAACUUCAAGAUCCUCGCUGAUCAUGGCCACGCCCACGACUGGCGCUACACGGUGCAGUAUACAGAGAGACUAUCUCAUUGGCCAUACUGGCUGAAUACGGCCACGGCCAAAUACGUGGUCACCAAGUCAAUGCCCGGAGUAUCGCCCGUGGCCUAUGUUAUCAAGUCCACGCAUGAGACCUGCUUCUUUGCCGGAUUCUACUGCCUGCAAUCACUAAGUGAAUUCACAUUCAGGAGCGCCAAUGGUGAUACCUUUGCCCAGGAGAAUAUACAGUAUCAGUGUCCGCCAUUUUUGGGCGGUAUGUGCAGGCGGGAGCUGGAGUUCCAGCGCCAGGCGGUGAUGCACAACCUAACAAUAAUAUUCGGAAAACAGAGAGGAUAGCAUCCCAAGACGCAGCUAUAUAUAUAAAUAGGUAAUUGACUAACCUACCAAAAAUCUGUACUUUACACGCAAUACUUUGUUUUCGUAUGUAAA